UUAUUAAGAUUGCGUCAAGGCGAUCAAAGUAGUCUGGUGUAGCGUCUUCUUUGUUCUUCAGUUGUCGCUUGACUGUCUUUGCCGUUUGUUUUUUGAAUCCCCCAUUUCCCGUCAUUAUGUAUACGUUGGAUUUCGUUUCUCAGCAUCUUGCUGAAAUUAGAAUGGCUUUUUCGCUUUUCCACCCGUUAAUCUUCCAAAAUCCGUGUUGUGAAUUUCGUCGCUUUACGACUGCCGAUGUGCAGUUGUUCGAUGAGUUGUUCAACACGGUUCGGAGUGGUGUAUCCUUUCCCGUUGCUCCCGUAUCCGUGGUGCAACCGGUUUGGUGUAACGAUUUUUACUACAAUGAAUAUCCUGGCUACGCCCGACUUCGCGAUGUUCUUCCACUGCUGCACGCACGGUUCUUGUGGUGGGCAGAAUCCGGAGAUGAUAUUUAUCAUCCUUCAGCUUCGGUUUCCAAUUUUUAUCCGGAGUUGACGUAUGCCGAUAUCCAAAUACGACUUGAGCACCGCCAAGUCCGAUUGGCUGUUUUGAAUCAUUUGAGUGAUUCUGCUGAGGAAGAUUGAUUUGCUUUUCCGUCGGUGUACUCUAUUUUUCACUAUGGUUUUGUUUUGUAUUUUGUUUUUGUUUUUGUUUUUGUUUUAACUACUGAUUGGAAAUAAAA